AGGGCCCCGGCGUGGCGGCGGCCGCCCAGACGGGCGCUCGGUAGGGAACGGGCGGUUCGCCUGGCUCCUGCCGGCAGCUUCUUCCUCUUUGUCUGGGGCUUCGGGUUUUUUUCAUGAAUACGGGAUUUGGCCUCUUCCGGCCCACGUCAUUUCAGCGGCAGCGCGGAAAACCUUAACGGUGUGCUGUCUCUGGGUGACGCUGCUCUGUAAAGUCUUGUUACAGACAUACACAGGUGUAUGUAAAGAAAGAAUUAUGCUGAGCACCUGCUGGCAAUGCUAUGGAGUAUUGUGUUUGUUAAACACCCGUGAGAAAACGUUAAGUGUUUUGCGUUGGGUGAAAGCGAAGACCUCAUGCUACUCUAAAUAGGCUCUUCGGGAAUAGAUACAGAAAAAGCUUUUCAGGAUAUUAAGUCACCCAUAUGUUUGGUAGUAGAAAUGCACUAGCAUGCCGUUUUAAAUAGAUACUGUGAUUAUUCUUGCAGAAAGGUUAAAAAUGUGCAACCGAUACUUUAGGAAAUGGAAGAUACAUCGGACAGUUGCUUUGGAGUUGUUACAGUAGAAGGGUCAGGUGCAGAGCAGCCAUCUGCAUCCUCAGAAAGAAGAGCAGUCGGAGAGGCCAAGAACGCAGACCCAGCAGAGAAGCCUCUGCUUUCAGACGCUACAGGUACUGCACAGUCAGAGGAGGGCUGCGAGCAGCAGUCUUCUCUGGAGCAGUCAGCUCUGAAGGAACAGGAGCAGUCAAGUUUAGCACGGUGGCAAUUACCCAGCGAAGGACUAGGCAAUCAAGAAGUGAUUGGAACUAAUGAGCAAGAUGUAUUUGAGCCAGAUGCCCCAUUCAGCGCAUCAUCUGAGAGCACAUCUCCUGUUACCAAUGAGAAUUAUUCUACUUCACUUGAAUUAAGAAAUUCAGAAAGGGAAGAACAAACAUCUCAAAACUCAGUACUGUCAGAGAAUACGGCAAGUGGGACAGUAACAGGAAGCAUGAUUGAGGAUGAUGAAGCUCUGAGGAGGACUAGGACUAACUUUGAUGAAACUAUCCAGUCUGAGAAGUUAUGUCUUGAUCCGGAACAUUUUCCUGGGAAAGCAGUUCAACAGGAUUACCACAUGCCUGAUGUCAUAACUGUCAGAGUACAAACAGAUUCUGAUGCAUUCCAAGAUGUAGUUGUAAAAAUUGAAAGAUCUACCUAUCAUAAACCAUUUCUGGGUGGAUUUAAGAACAGGAUAACAGGAGUGGAAUUUCAUAACGCAGGAUCACAAACCGUACCCAAAAAACGACCUGACAAAGGAAUUCAAUUAUUUUGUAGGGGAACACAGACGGUUUUUGAAAAAAAUAAGCUACAACAAACAAAAAAUACAACAUCAACACAGAUGACUAAAAUUGGCCUGUAUAUGUCAAACAUGACUGACAAACUAAUAAGUCCUGGGAAGUAUCUUACAGCAGAAGAAUACCAUAAACGUAGACUUGAAGCAGUAAUAGUAUUACAGAUGUAUUUCCGUCGUUGGCAUGCUAUAAAUGUAGUGCAGAAUCUGAGGGAAGGAAAGAGGUUAAGGCUGGCAUGGGAGGCACAAGAAGAGUUACGCAGAAAAAAAGAGAAAGAAGAAAAACUCAGAAAGGAGCAUGAACGAAGACUGAACCCUAAAACAAAUGACGACUUUGAGCUGCUGUACUAUGCUUUAGAACUAUGGAGGCAGGAGGAGACCGAACGGAUUAACAGAACUCUUACUGGAGCUGAAAGAAAGGCAGCAUUUUGUGGUCUUCUGGAACAAGAAGCACAGCUGAUUGCUUCCAUUGGGAGACACAAACUAAAUGCAGAUGAGGAGAAUCAACAAAAAGCAAUACUGCACUUUCUGCAUAAGUGUGCACAACCUAAGAGAUGGAAAGUGUAUGAUGGAAAAGUCACUGAAAUGGAUACACAGUACACACUCCGUGCCAGAGAACUAUUUGAAAUCUACCGCAGCAUUAGCAUGAAUGACAUCCCAAAAGAUGAGAGAAUAGAUGUGCUCUUAACACUCAGACGUACAGUGAAGGAACAUGAAUGUAAAUUAACACAGGACAUAGUGGAAUUAAUUGACAGGGAAGUUGAUCUUAUGUCGAGAGAGGUGAAAGAAUGCAAUUUAGAAGGACUGAGGAAAAGAAUUUGUACAUUAUUUCUUCAGUAUAUUAAAACUCCAAAGUUUAACCCUGAAGUUGCUAGGAUACUUAAGGUUCCACCAGAUCCCUUAAAGCUUUAUAAAAAUGUUAACUUCUGUCAUAGUUGUGGAAAUCACUUACCAUCUACUGAGUUUCCUGUUCCUGCUAAUUCCCGCACCAUUGGCAGAUGUCUCUUGUGUUGCAAGCUUGAUAAUGAGGCUCGGCAACGAGAAGGAUUCUUGAAGUACAAACUUAUACUAGAAAAUCUCAGAAAGUCUGAAGCUGAUUAUCAGGAUGAUGCUAAAAUUGUUUUCUUAGUUCAGCAUCAAGAUCUACAGUAUAUGAUAGAGAACAUAUGGGGCUGUCAGUCAGCUCUCAGUGCCUGCAGUGACCUCUAUGAUUUGGUUAUGGUCAGAUGGGAUAAGCACCAUGAGUGGUCUCCGUGGAACACUAUUCUCCUCACUAAAGAUGAGGCAGUUGCACAUCUUAAGCUGUGUAACCUUCAGAAGGCUUAUGAAGCGGCAUUUAUUCACAGAAUAAAACAUAAGCAUAUCCGGGCAAAAAACUACUUUGCUCAGAUUCCAGCGAUGACAUCAUUUUUGCAUAGGAGUGACAAUCAGGCUAGUGUAAAUGAAUUUUUAAUAGCUACACCUAUUCCUACUGGUACAAAAACAUAACUCUUAGGCAAAGUUAACUGAAGUUAACUGAAUUAUUGAUUAAUACAAUUUCCUUCGUUUUAAAGAAAUGUACCUUUUCAUCAAUAUCUUAAUUGUAUUACAUGGAUCAAAAUAAAUUUCUGAGGAUAAAAUAAUUUGAUCUUGACCAGUCAAUAUAACUGCAUUUCAUGUUUUGUAACCUCAUUAUUUAAAAAGUAAAAUGUUGAUGAGCUUUGUAAAUUCUAAAUUUAUAGAGCAAUGACUGUCUUUCUGUGUAUGCCUGUGUUGCUUGGAACAUUCUGUCUGUAGUGUAAUAUUCCUGUUGGGGGAAUUUAGCUAAUUCUUUGUCACCUUUUAAUUAGAAAAAUAAUACUACAAACACAGUAUUAAAUUUAUUUCUCUCUUCUUAAGCAUAUAAGACAGAAAACCCCUCAACCCCUAAAUUCCUACAGAACAACAGAAUUGAUAUGCCCUUCCAAAUAUAGCUGCUUUGCCUUGCAAACAUUUGUGCAAAAGAAUAACCUUACUUUUUAUAGCUCAUCUUGAUGGUCAUAGUGGAACUGCCAGCAUGUAAUUAUUGUAUCCAAGAUCUUGAAAUUAUUGUAAAUCAGACUUAUAAUUUGAAAUACACAA